UCUGCACAGAGGCGAUGGCGACAGAAUCUCCACGCCGCCCCAGCCGCUGUACUGGAGGAGUGGUUGUUCGGCCACAAGCUGUCACGGAACAGUCAUACAUGGAAAGCGUUGUUACGUUUCUUCAAGAUGUUGUGCCACAGGCUUACAGUGGUACCCCACCAGCAGAAGAAAAGGAGAAGAUCAUUUGGGUCAGAUUUGAAAAUGCUGAUUUAAAUGAUACAUCAAGGAAUAUGGAAUUUCACGAAAUACAUAGCACUGGGAAUGAACCACCGUUACUGCUAAUGAUCGGGUACAGCGAUGGAAUGCAAGUCUGGAGCAUACCUAUCAGUGGUGAAGCUCAGGAACUGUUCUCUGUUCGCCAUGGUCCAGUUCGAGCUGCACGGAUUUUACCAGCUCCACAAAUCAGUGCUCAGAAAUGUGAUAAUUUUUCUGAAAAGCGGCCUCUUCUUGGUGUGUGCAAAAGCAUUGGAUCUUCUGGCACAAGCCCACCUUACUGCUGUGUGGACCUUUAUUCCUUGCGAACAGGAGAGAUGGUCAAGUCCAUACAGUUCAAAACUCCUAUUUAUGAUCUGCAUUGCAAUAAAAGGAUACUUGUUGUAGUCCUGCAAGAGAAAAUUGCUGCCUUUGACAGCUGUACAUUCACCAAAAAAUUCUUCGUUACAAGCUGCUAUCCUUGUCCAGGACCAAACAUGAAUCCUAUUGCUCUUGGAAGCCGUUGGCUUGCUUAUGCAGAAAAUAAGCUGAUCCGAUGCCAUCAAUCCCGUGGUGGAGCCUGUGGAGACAACAUUCAGUCGUACACUGCCACAGUCAUUAGUGCUGCCAAAACGAUAAAGACUGGCCUCACGAUGGUUGGCAAAGUGGUCACGCAGCUGACAGGGACGUUGCCUUCAGGGGCAACCGAAGAAGAAAUUUUAGCUCACAGCAACAUUCGUCGAAGUCCUCUGGUGCCCGGGAUCAUCACCAUCAUUGACACCGAGACAGUUGCAGAAGGGCAGGUACUUGUCAGUGAGGACUCUGAUAGCGAUGGUAUUGUGGCCCACUUCCCUGCACAUGAAAAGCCUAUUUGCUGCAUGGCUUUCAACCCUAGCGCCAAGAAGAAAUCCUUGACUGCACACAGUGUCCAAGUUGCAUUUAAUUAUGAUGGGCUGAUUGAAAAUCUGUGGCAAACAGUGGCAGGACUCCUGCUGAUGUGGAGGGCGGCUCUUGUUUGGGACAGAGACGCUCGCCAGCCGCUCUUGUUGUUGGCAAUAAGUCCGCUGGGCUCAGAGACCUCUGGCAUCGUCCGCUAUGGAAAUUGCUGUAUCCGGCUUCAUUCAAAUGUUGGGUUUAUUGCUGUUCCUUUUCAUAUUGCUCCAAAGUAUUCACUGUUUUACUGUCAUGUAGGGUCUUGGGACUUGAGCGCAGUUCUGGAU